AUGGAGAUGCAGGAGUUUUUUGAAAGCCAGACAGCGAUGUUCCGUUCGCUCAUUGAACAAAUGCAACGGAUGAACACUGGCGCUACAGCUGCAGCAGCAGGCGGAUCAUCUCCAGGAUUUGUUCCAUUGCCCCCACCGUUAUCUGUGGAAGGAGACAUGGAACGAAAUUUUGACUUUUUCAUGUCAAAUUGGCAGAACUAUGCCAAGAGUAUCGGAGUGGAUAGAUGGCCCCAGCAAGACGAAGAAAGAAAAGUUAGUUUGUUAAUGUCUGUCAUUGGAGAAGCUGCUCUUAAAAAGUACAGCAACUUUGAGCUUACUCAAGAGGAGAGACAUAACCUCGAACUCGCGGUGGCAGCAAUCAAAGCGAAGGUAGUGGUUGAACGCAACAAAAACAUCGACAGGUUGGAUUUUUUCGAAGCCCAACAACACCCAUUAGAAUGUACCGAGGACUUCCUACUUCGUUUAAAACAUCUGAGCCGGCUGGCCAAACUCGGAGAUCUCCGUGAUGAAUUAGUCGUGUUCAAACUAGCUACAUCUAACAAGUGGCCCCACCUCCGACAAAAAAUGCUGACAAAACCAGACAUCACUGAAGCGGACGCAGUAGCUAUGUGCCGCAACCAGGAACUCGGAGAAGCGCGCUCACAACAAGCUGAGGUCAACAAACUUAAAAAGUCUGCCAAGUUAAUGAAGUGCAAAUUUUGUGGCGACCGCCACGAAUUUAAAAAAGGAGCUUGUCCAGCGAUCGGCAAGAAGUGCACUGCUUGUGGUGGAAAAAACCACUACGAGCGUGUUUGUAAAUCGGAAGGAAAGAUCCAUAAGAAGAAGCGUCGAGUUAACGUGCUUGAAGAAGAACCGAAUAGUGAUUAUUAUGCUGAGUCAUCCACGGAAAGUGAAAAAGAAACAGAAAAUAGUGAAGAUGAAGCAGAAAUUCGGAAAAUUUACGACAACUCCGCUUCCGGAGGGCAAGUUUUGGCAGAUUUAGAAGUUAACGUCACCGGCUAUUGGAAAACGAUCAAAUGUGAAUUGGACACCGGAGCAAAUACAAGUAUCAUUGGGAAGAAUUGGCUGAACAAAAUUGUUGGAUCAACAGAAACCAAAAUCACCCCGUCAAAUCUUCGUCUAUUUAGUUUCGGUGGAAAUCCGAUUCCAGUAUUGGGCGAAACGAAAAUUAGCUGCAGACGAAAUGGAAAAAGAUAUAAAUUAGUUUUCCAAGUGGUUGAGGUAGACCAUAUUCCACUGUUGUCAGCGAACGCCAGCAAGACUUUGGGUUAUGUGAAGUUUUGUAACUCAGUGUCUUUUGCGACAGCCACAGAUUCCACGAGUUUGCUGAAUAUCCAUCGUUUGGAAGCAAUGAAGAUAGUCGAUCAGUACAAAAGCGUUUUUGAAGGAUAUGGUCGUUUUGCCGGUGAAGUGUCGUUGGAGGUUGAUCAGUCUGUACAACCAUGUAUCCAACCUCCAAGAAGAAUCCCUUUAGCGUUUCGUGGCCCUCUGAAAGAAGAAUUGGACAAACUCGAAAGAGAUGGCAUUGUGAUUAAAGAGUUUGCGCACACGGAAUGGGUGAGCAAUGUGGUUCUCGUGAAACGUGAAAAAGAUAAAACCAGCUCGAUUCGCAUAUGUCUCGAUCCAGUUCAUCUCAAUCAAGCUCUGAAAAGACCAAACUUGCAAUUCCCGACCAUAGAUGAAAUCCUCCCAGAACUUGGUAGAGCCAAAAUAUUCACAAUGGUAGAUGCUCGAAAAGGGUUUUGGCACGUCGUCCUGGAUGAAAAGAGCAGUCGCCUGACUACCUUUUGGACACCCUUUGGCAGGUGUGGAGAAUCUAUGGAGCAAGCACUUGUCGAUCACAAUCGGAAUCUGCGGAACCUGUUGGAGCGCCUCGAGAAAAGUGAUGUUAAAUUGAAUCGUGAAAAAUUAAAAGUGUGUGAACGAUCUGUGAAGUUUUACGGUCAUAUAUUGAGUGAUAGCGGUCUCAGACCGGAUGAUUCAAAAGUGUCUACUAUAAAAAACUAUCCAGUGCCUACAAAUAAAAAAGAAUUACACCGAUUCGUUGGAUUGGUGACCUACCUGGGAAGAUUUUUGCCGAAUCUAAGUGCCAACAUUACGAUGUUAAGAAGAUUGAUCUCGGAAAAAGAAGAGUGGAAUUGGUCCUCAGCACACGAAGAAGAAUUCAAUCGAUUAAAGUUUAUGGUGUCUGAUGUAAAGACGUUGUGCUACUAUGAUCAGUCUCAACCUCUAGUGAUAGAAUGCGAUGCUAGUUGUUAUGGUUUGGGCGUAGCGGUUUUUCAGCGCAAUGGUGUGGUAGGAUACGCUUCUAGAACACUCACGACAACCGAAAAAAAUUAUGCCCAAAUUGAAAAAGAACUUUUGGCAAUACUUUUUGCGUGUGUUCGGUUCGACCAGUUAGUAGUCGGUAAUCGAAAAGUUACGGUGAAAACAGACCACAAACCAUUAGUUAACGUAUUUAGAAAGCCGUUAAUUUCAGCCCCUCGCAGAUUACAACGAAUGUUGUUGAAUCUCCAGCGAUAUCAGUUGAACAUUGAGUAUGCUACGGGUAAAGACAAUGUGGUCGCGGACGCCUUGUCUCGUGCACCAUUACCUGUUUCUUUAGAAGAAGAUGAUAACAAAAAGUUUACCGUAUAUCAAGUGUUCAGUGAAUUACAUAACCUACAACUAGCAUCUUUCUUCAAAGUGUCUGAGGACUGCUUGAAUGAAGUUGUUGAGGAGACCAAAAAAGAUUCCACGAUGCAGCAGAUCAUCUCGUACAUACAUUGUGGUUGGCCAGCAGCUGUGACCAGUCUACCGGAAGGCGUCAAAGUGUACUUUAAGUACAAACAUGAAUUGGCUACUCAGGAAGGAUUGGUGUAUAGAAAUGACCGCAUACUUGUACCAUACGCUUUGAGGAAGCGAAUGGUUUCGAAAGCGCAUGUGAGUCAUAAUGGAGUGGAAGCGACAUUGAAGUUAGCUCGUGCUAACUUGUUUUGGCCAGGAAUGAGUGCACAAAUCCGAGAUUCAGUUGCAGCGUGUUCUAUCUGUGCCAAGUUUGCCUCAUCUCAAGUAGCUCCUCCAAUGCAAACUCAUCCGUUUCAACUUAUAUCCCUCGACGUAUUUUUCGCUGAUUAUCAAGGACAAAAACGAAAAUUCCUUGUGACCGUCGAUCACUAUUCCGACUUUUUUGAGGUCAACCUUUUGAAAGAUUUAACUCCGGGAUCGACUAUAACUGCCUGUAAAUCUAAUUUUGCUCGCCAUGGUCGUCCUCAGGUCGUACUGUCUGACAAUGGUACGAAUUUCUACAGUCGAGAGUGGGGGGCUUUCACUAAAGAAUGGGACUUUAAGCACACGACAUCGGCUCCAAACCAUCAGCAGGCAAACGGAAAGGCGGAGGCCGCUGUCAAAAUCGCUAAACAUCUUUUAAAAAAAGCCGAAUCUUCUGGAACGGAUUUCUGGUACGCACUCCUUCAUUGGCGGAAUAUCCCCAAUAAGAUCGGGUCGAGUCCAGUGCAGAGGUUGUUUUCUAGAAACACAAAAUGUGGCCUACCAACAUCAGCUAGCAAGUUAACACCGAAAGUUGUGGAAAAUGUUGCUGAGGCAAUCGAGACUAAUAGAAAAAAAGCCAAGCAACAGUAUGAUAAAAAAACGAGAGAGCUGCCGGAUUUGGAAGUUGGAUCACCGGUCUAUGUUCAACUUAAUCCAGAAUCUUCUAAGCACUGGACCCCAGCGGUAAUACACCAACGUCAAAACGAGCGCUCCUUUGUAGUAGAUGUUCAAGGGUCAAGCUACAGACGUGAUCGCAAACAUCUGAAGCCGCGUAAAGAGCCGAUUACGCCCUCAUCUGUUCAAAACCAUCCAAGUUUGCCAACAACGUUCACCAACGAGCAGGUCCUGGUACCCGAUCACACAUCGUCUGUCAGUCUGAAUGAUCAAGCUGCAGAUACUGCAACACCGGAGAAGAAUGACAACACGAUGGGCACCCGCAUAAUCAAUUACAAUAUAUAG